AUCAAAGUAGUAGGCUACUACUUUGAUGUGAACUCAGUGCAGCAGUAAAGAAUAAACUUAAUCAAGAGAAUUUUUAAUACGUGAUUAAAUAAAUUUUAACGAUGGACAUAGUGAUCGAUAAGAAAGGCAACUCUGACCUAAUAAGUAGGGAUCAGUUAUUAGGAAGUGACGAUGAUGACGAUGUAGAAAUUAAGACUAUCGAUGUUGAUCCAUCAAGGAUAUAUGAUGCAGAAUAUCUUGGUAUUAAGACAGAGGAAACACCAAAAAAAAAACUUGUUUCUAAUGAAGACUUUGAUCUUGAAGAAUUUGAAACCGAUAUGGGUUGGAAAUCUUCAGGAGUUACUUUUAAACUAACACAAGAAAUCACGCACAUAAGAAAAGACAUAAAUCCACUGGAUAAAAUUUUGAAAAAGACUGUUAUCAAUCCUGGUUUUGAACAGUUGCAUGUUGUACCACCAUAUGAGUUGAGCAAACAUCAACUGGAAUUACGUAAACGACGAGAAAAACGAAAGCAAGGUACAGGUGCAGGCUGGUUUAACAUGAGAGCGCCUCAAAUAACGUCAGAGAUCAGACAUGAUCUUGAAGUAUUACGAAUGAGGUCUGCAUUGGAUCCCAAACACUUCUACAAGAAAAAUGACAUGACUGCAUUGCCAAAACAUUUCCAUAUUGGUAAAGUUAUCGAUUCUCCAAUGGAUUUCUAUUCCUCACGUCUUACAAACAGUGAACGUAAAAAGACUAUUGUUGAUGAGCUCAUGGCUGAUGCUGAUUUCAAAAAGUAUAAUAAGCGCAAAUAUAAGGAGAUUGUUGAAGAAAAGAAAAAGACACAUUAUAAGGCACACAAACAUGCAAAAAGGCUUAAAGGAAAAAGGAAGAAGUAACUUAUUGCAAUUAUAUAGAAUUCUUUGUGUUGAGGGGAAUAAAGAAUUGAUAAAGAA